AUGGUAAAAGAUCGAUCGAAUGAAUUUAGGCGAAAAGCUGAUCAAUUUCUAACGGAUGGUAACGCAUUCAUUGUGACUGAUAUCGAACCAAAUAUUGGUUUUCCACAGGGUAAUUCAUUCUUUGCUGAAAUUGACGAAAUUCGAAAUGUGAUGGCCAAAUUAUCAGACGAUGUUGCAAGCAUGAAAAUGCAGCUCCGUUCAAUCUUGGCUCAAACUAUCGUUGAUAGCAGUGAAAAGGAGAAACUCGAUGAAUGUAUGGCGGGGAUAAGGCAUCGCUCCCGUCUACUGCGAAAAUAUUUGUUGGCUAUGAAACAAAAUGAAAAACAAAUGAAGGAUGGACGAAUUGUUGGAAUUAGCGAACGCAUCCAACAAUAUCACAUUGAAGCGCUGUUAAAAAAACUUUCCGAUUUGUUGGAAAUAUUUAAUGCUGCGCAACUGGAUUACAGAUCGCAAGUUGCAAAACGAAUUAAGCGACAGUUAGAUAUUGCCGGUGAAUAUAUGACGGAGGACGAAAUUAAUACAAUGAUUGAUUCCAAGUCAUCAGAAAUUUUCAACAGACAUGUACGUUCAUCUCAAUUAAAAUCGGCUUUUGAUGAUGCCAGUUUAAGGCAUAAUGAAAUAUUAAAUUUAGAAACAAGCAUCAAAGAACUUAAUGAUUUAUACAACGAUAUAAAUUUUCUCGUGCACACACAGGUAAAACUAUAG